UCCCACGGGCGCUCGCCUCAUCCAACGUUUCAGAGAGCAGAGAAGAGAGGUGCGAGUCAGUCAGUCAGCUCUCUAACCGCACAGAGUUCACACAGAGAGGAGCUUCGGAGUUGCUUUGCGGUUACAGACAGCCGCGCUGUUCUGUGCAGGAUUGCAGUUUCACCUGCCCGAGAUCACGGGACGCUACGGUUCACCUGAGCGGCACCAAAACGUCGUUUGCAUGAAACUGAAGCCAGAUAAAAGCAGUGGAUGCAGCCACGCUCCAUUUAAAGGAGGGUGGAAGAUUGGGAGACGCGCUGACGAGAACCCGGUUACGACUAAAAGUUCCAAGCCCAGCCUGAAACGCAUCAUGUCCCUCAGCACCUUCCACCUCAUGCAGACCCUGAAGAACUCGCCCGCCGAGCUGCGGCGCAGAUUCCGCCGUGACCAGACGGAGUCCUUGUCCCACGGCGACCCUCUGUUCAAAGUGCACUACCUGGGGACGGAAAAGAUCUUUUCUCUGGACCGGGAGCAAGCAGAGGAGGCCAUUUCUCACUUGCUGGAGGGUAUCGCGAACGGGAAGAAGCUCAGGAAGGACCACGCCCUUGUCGUGCGGCCCAGAUACGUCGAGGUCAAAGAGCUGAGCACGGGUCGGCAGCUCACGAAGACCUACCUGCAGGACAUUGCGUACUGCGCCGCCGACACCAACCGGCCCAACGUCUUCUUGUACAUCUGCAAGCACCGGGGGCAGCAGCUGCAGUGUCGGGUGUUCUGGUGCAGCCGUGCGGAGCGAGCGCGGGACAUGACCGCCUGUCUGGGACUCUCCUUCCAGCGGGCGAUGAGCGACUGGCAGCAGACCGGCGUGGCCACGAUGCCGUCGGGAGAGGUGAAAGGAAAACUUCCAGAGGACUCGUCCAAUUCUCAAGUCAAAGCAAAGAGCUCCACGCUGCCAGCCGGUUUGGGAAAAGUUCGCUGGAGGAAGAGAGGCUCUGUAUCCCGCAGCCCCAUGAGAACAAUCACCAGGAGAGGAUCGUCCUCCGACAGCUUGAACUGAAACCUGUUCUUUUUUUUUUUCUUUUUUUUUGUUGUUGUGGUCAGAUGUGGGACCACUUUAUUGACAACCUCGCUGAAGGGAAGAGACUGAUUGAAAAAUACAAUGAAGACCACAGUGGAUGUUAAUGAGACAUGAGAAAGGUCCAUAUUUGGAUAUAAGGACUGGUCAUGGGUGGAUGCUGCCGUAAUCAGUGAGGACUUGGAGAUAGGAGAUUUUUUUUUCUUUUUGACUGGGCAGAGUUGCCUUUGGACUUUUGCAAGCGCAGAGUCCAACCGGGCACAAGAUACUGAACUGUGACAGGCCGCAAGGCUGUGUGAGGACUAGACUGGGACAUACCCAAACUGUCUGUCAUGGGUUUUUAGUUUUGUUUUUGGGCUUGUUUGAUGUUCUGUUUGAUGCUGAAGCCACCAGAGACUUUGAUCUGCUGGAAAGAGACAGUUAAACCAACCAAGUACCUGCUCUUGGCCAAACAGUGUCCCGGCAAAACUGGAAAAGCACCACGAGAACCUGGAAGUCUUUUUUUUUUUUUUUUUUUUUUUUUUUUUCUUUUUCGAGAUUUAUUUAUAUUUAAGUGACACAUGUGACAGAGUCAUGAAG